CUUUCCUUCACCAACAGUUAGAUUCUGUGCCACUCUCUGAACAUGACAGCUGCUAGAUCAUUAAGAUUAGUGGCAAAAGCUUGAUUAAUCAUCAAACCAUGACUACCAAUGGGAUGGUCUUCUUCUCUUCAAAUUUCAUGCUUCAGAACCCCCAUGGUCACGAUGACCAUCAACCUCCCACUUCUCUCAAUCCAAUGCUGCCUUCCUGCACACCUCAAGAUUUCCAUGGAGUGGCAUCGUUUCUAGGAAAGCGAUCGGUGUCGUUUUCGGGGAUUGAGUUGGGAGAAGAAGCUCAUGGGGAGGAUGACUUAUCAGAUGAUGGGUCACAGGUAGGGGAGAAGAAGAGGAGGCUAAACAUGGAGCAAGUGAAGACACUUGAAAAGAACUUUGAGUUGGGGAACAAGCUUGAGCCUGAGAGGAAAAUGCAGCUGGCCAGGGCUCUUGGUUUGCAGCCAAGACAGAUUGCUAUAUGGUUUCAGAACAGGAGGGCCAGGUGGAAGACAAAGCAGUUGGAGAAAGAUUAUGAUCUCCUCAAGAGACAGUUUGAUGCCAUCAAAGCUGACAAUGAUGCUCUCCAAUCUCAGAACCAAAAACUUCAAGCUGAGAUAAUGGCAUUAAAAAACAGAGAGCCAGCAGAAUCCAUCAACCUCAACAAAGACACAGAGGGAUCCUGCAGCAACAGAAGUGAAAACAAUUCCGAUAUAAAACUGGACAUUUCGAGAACGCCGGCGAUCGACAGCCCUCCAUCUUCUCACCAUCAUCACCACCAUCAAAAUCCAACCCUUUUUUCGUCUUCAAUAAUAAGGCCUGCCCAGCUCUUCCAAAACACAUCAAGGUCUGAAGCAAUGCAAUGCCAGAAGAUCGAUCAGAUGGUCAAAGAAGAAAGCCUGACCAACAUGUUCUGUGGCAUCGACGAUCAGUCUGCAGCAGGGUUUUGGCCUUGGUUGGAACAACAUCAAUUCAAUUGAGCAAUGAAAUAAUCAAGAGGCAAAAAAUCCAAAUUACCAUGUUAAUUUCUAUCAGUUUUUAAUUAAAAUAUUCCAUGCUUUUGGUGACUAGAUUAAAGUUAAUGGGAUGAAAAAAAUAUCCAAGUGAAUUUGAAUUGCAUGGUAGCUAGUGACUGAGUGUGUCAGCAGCUCCUAGCUAACAUGGACUAUGAAAUAAAAAUAAAUAAAAAAAAAAGGAUUUCUCUCCUCCGCCAUUUUGUGUAUUUUUUUAGUAUAUUGUCGAUUUUCUCCCUAAUUUUCUGUCAAAAAAUAUUAACAUGUUGGUCAAUAAAUGUUAUUCUUAUUUGUCCCUUUUACUUUCUCUAUAUUAAAUUUAUCAAAUAAAAUUGGACAUUUA